CAUUUAUACUUAGUAUCAUCAAUGCAGAGAGAGAGAGGAGAGCCAAGCCAUUAAGGGUCAGAGCUUCACGUUAAAGAAAACACUUUUUAAUACUGUAAAAUUAUAUUCCAACUUCGGCCAAUUCGUCUACCAAUAGCACCUUAAAUUUCUCUCAUGAAACCACAAUAUCAAACUCUAUUAGUCCUGUGACUUCUCAGAGUUUUUCUUUCCCCAAACCCUCUCUUUCAUGUGAUCUCUUCUUCUCUCACACCCUUCUCCAUCAUCACAUACUCUUGCCUGUGAUUCUGUUAAUAAUAUAUAUUGAUUACAUACUGUACCUCAUGUAUAUUUGAGUGUAUCAGUAUACGUGGCACUCUUCUCCCCUUUAUAUAUAUUCUCCUACUUUCUCCAACUUUAUCACAAACGAUCUCGCCGUACAAAUAAAUAUUCUUUCGUUGGCUUACACUGGGAUUUCUUUAAUUUGUACAAUAAGUCAAUAACAAAGAGAAAGAAGGGUUUAUAGAUUAUAUUAUAAGCCAUGAAGGGCAACAUUAUUUGUGUGGCUGUAGUUUUCAUAUUUGUGCUCUCAGUCCCGGCCUCCAUGUCCAUUAGGAACAUAGCAGGUGGAGGAGAGGAUUAUAAAAAUGAAGAGGUAGUAGUACUAAUGAAGCGAGUAAUACCAGAGACAGAGAUUAAAGUAGCAGGUUCGAGAUUGCCAGAUUGUUCUCAUGCGUGUGGAUCAUGCUCCCCAUGUAGAUUGGUAAUGGUCAGCUUCGUUUGUGCUUCUCUCGCUGAGGCCGAGACUUGUCCUAUGGCCUACAAAUGCAUGUGUAAAAACAAGUCAUACCCAGUUCCUUAAUUUUAAAACUCUCUCACACACUACGUACCUACUGUUUACUUUUUUCAAUCCUCCCCCUAACAUCUAAUAUGUAAAGUAGCUAGCAUUAGUUUUAGUAGUUAGUAUUUCGAUCUCCAUUAUGAUAGUGAAUUAAUUUUGUUUUGUUUCUUUAGAAGGAAGUUGUUAUGGCAUUAAUUUGUAAUCACAGAGUUUAUAUUGUUAUCACAGUUUUUGGAGGGUUUUUAUUAUUAUCGCAGUUUAUUAUUGCUAUA